AGAUGAGGUCGUUAAAUCCUUUGAAAUAAUUUUACAAUCAAAGAUACCAGAAGAUAAUAUUUUCAUAUAUAAUACCAGGUCAGCAAACGAAUUUUGUGCAUUUCUUGUAGUCCCAUCAGUACGGUGCAUUGGUAAAUACUAGUGCAAGAGUGACCAUUCGCCACAAAAUGAAAGUCGCAGCUAUAUUGGCCUGCGCAAUCACCGUAGUUUUCGGGAGCAUAAUUGACUUAGAUUUAGACGUGGAUUUAGCAUGUACUUUAAAUACAGUCGAGAAAAUCUUCGCUCACAAGUACUGUGACAUGUACAAUGAAUGCUCUAAUGAAACGAUCAUUGAGCGCAAAUGUUCAAAGGAUUUCUUGUUCAAUAUAGUUACACUAGAAUGUGACUGGUCUUACAACGUGGAUUGCUCUGGGAGAAACAUGUCUGAGUCAAACUCAGAACAAACCGAAAGCCCAAUAACAGAACAAACCGAAAGCCCAGAAAGUGAUGACGAAAACAACGACGUAUCGUGCAACUGCGAUCCUGCUGAGGCGCCUGAAAUUUGUGCACGAAGUGGGUCCAACGGAGUUUUGGUCGCUCACGAGGAUUGCACCCGACUAUACAAAUGUUCAGGUGGACAGCCCGUUACCAUGAGAUGCCCGAAAAGCACGUUCUACAAUCCAUACGUAAAACAAUGUGACUGGCCUGAGAAUGUCGAUUGUAGUAACAGAACAAUUCCAGAGAUUGAAGACGAUGAUAAUAACGGUAAUGACAACAACAAUGACAAUGAUGACGAUGGAGUAAUUACUGACAAUCAUGAUACCCCAGAUCCCUGGAAAAUGUGUGCUCAGAAUAAUACCGAUGGUGUUUUAAUACCCCACGAAUAUUGCAAUUGGUUUUACUCGUGUUCUGGUGGACAACCUAUUUCUAAAGCGUGUUCCAGGGGUCUUUGUUGGAAUCCUAACAAAAACCAUUGUGACUGGCCUGAAAAAGUCGAUUGUGGUAACAAAACCAUUUCAGAACCAGAACCUGUUGACAGUGAUGGUAAUGACAACAAUGAUGCCGAUGAAGAAGCCUCUGACAAUCACGAUACUCCAGAUCCCUGGAAAAUGUGUGCUCAAGAUGAUUCCGAUGGUGCCUUAAUACCCCACGAAUAUUGCAAUUGGUUUUACACGUGUUCUAGUGGACAACCUAUUGCUAAGGCAUGUUCCAGGGAUCUUUGUUGGAAUCCUAACAAAAACCAAUGUGACUGGCCUGGAAAUGUCAAUUGUGGUAACAAAACCAUUUCAGAACCAGAACCUGUUGACAGUGAUGGUAAUGACAACAAUGAUGCCGAUGAAGAAGCCUCUGACAAUCACGAUACCCCAGAUCCCUGGAAAAUGUGUGCUCAAGAUGAUUCCGAUGGUGCCUUAAUACCCCACGAAUAUUGCAAUUGGUUUUACACGUGUUCUAGUGGACAACCUAUUGCUAAAGCAUGUUCCAGGGAUCUUUGUUGGAAUCCUAACAAAAACCAAUGUGACUGGCCUGGAAAUGUCAAUUGUGGUAACAAAACCAUUUCAGAACCAGAACCUGUUGACAGUGAUGGUAAUGACAACAAUGAUGCCGAUGAAGAAGCCUCUGACAAUCACGAUACCCCAAAUCCCUGGAAAAUGUGUGCUCAAGAUGAUUCCGAUGGUGCCUUAAUACCCCACGAAUAUUGCAAUUGGUUUUACACGUGUUCUAGUGGACAACCUAUUGCUAAGGCAUGUUCCAGGGAUCUUUGUUGGAAUCCUAACAAAAACCAAUGUGACUGGCCUGGAAAUGUCAAUUGUGGUAACAAAACCAUUUCAGAACCAGAACCUGUUGACAGUGAUGGUAAUGACAACAAUGAUGCCGAUGAAGAAGCCUCUGACAAUCACGAUACCCCAGAUCCCUGGAAAAUGUGUGCUCAAGAUGAUUCCGAUGGUGCCUUAAUACCCCACGAAUAUUGCAAUUGGUUUUACACGUGUUCUAGUGGACAACCUAUUGCUAAGGCAUGUUCCAGGGAUCUUUGUUGGAAUCCUAUCAAAAACCAAUGUGACUGGCCUGGAAAUGUCAAUUGUGGUAACAAAACCAUUUCAGAACCAGAACCUGUUGACAGUGAUGGUAAUGACAACAAUGAUGUCGAUGAAGAAGCCUCUGACAAUCACGAUACCCCAGAUCCCUGGAAAAUGUGUGCUCAAGAUGAUUCCGAUGGUGCCUUAAUACCCCACGAAUAUUGCAAUUGGUUUUACACGUGUUCUAGUGGACAACCUAUUGCUAAGGCAUGUUCCAGGGAUCUUUGUUGGAAUCCUAACAAAAACCAAUGUGACUGGCCUGGAAAUGUCAAUUGUGGUAACAAAACCAUUUCAGAACCAGAACCUGUUGACAGUGAUGGUAAUGACAACAAUGAUGCCGAUGAAGAAGCCUCUGACAAUCACGAUACCCCAGAUCCCUGGAAAAUGUGUGCUCAAGAUGAUUCCGAUGGUGCCUUAAUACCCCACGAAUAUUGCAAUUGGUUUUACACGUGUUCUAGUGGACAACCUAUUGCUAAGGCAUGUUCCAGGGAUCUUUGUUGGAAUCCUAACAAAAACCAAUGUGACUGGCCUGGAAAUGUCAAUUGUGGUAACAAAACCAUUUCAGAACCAGAACCUGUUGACAGUGAUGGUAAUGACAACAAUGAUGCCGAUGAAGAAGCCUCUGACAAUCAUGAUACCCCAGAUCCCUGGAAAAUGUGUGCUCAAGAUGAUUCCGAUGGUGCCUUAAUACCCCACGAAUAUUGCAAUUGGUUUUACACGUGUUCUAGUGGACAACCUAUUGCUAAAGCAUGUUCCAGGGAUCUUUGUUGGAAUCCUAACAAAAACCAAUGUGACUGGCCUGGAAAUGUCAAUUGUGGUAACAAAACCAUUUCAGAACCAGAACCUGUUGACAGUGACGGUAAUGACAACGACGAUGAAAAUGACGAUGGAGAAAUUAAAGGCCCAAUUUACGAUAAUCCUGCUGAAGCGGCUACUGUCUGUGCACAGAAUAAUACGAAUGGAGUACUGGUUGCCCAUCAAAACUGCGAUGAAUUCUAUAUAUGCAAUUUAUAUGCCCCUGUUGCUAUGAGAUGCGCAGAUGGACUUCAUUUUAAUCCUUACAAAGGCCGUUGUGACUGGCCCGAAAAUGUUGAUUGUGGAGACAGAGUCAUCCCGGAACGCAAUAACACUCAGAGCGAAGGUGACAGCGAGGGAUCUUGCAAGAACUGUAAUCCUGGUGAAGCACCAGAGAUCUGUGCUCGUGAAGGAUCUAACGGAGCAUUAAUUGCACAUGAAAACUGCAAUCAGUAUUACAAAUGUUAUGCUGGGGUACCGAAUGUUCUGAGGUGUAUGAAUACUCUUAUGUUUGAUCCUAUCAAAGGAUGGUGUGACUGGCCUGAACAAGUAGACUGCGCGGGCAGGAUCACCUCUAAUGACGAAGAUUCCGGCAAUGACAACCCUGCAAAGGCAUCUGAAAUCUGUGCACGCGCAGGAUCCGAUGGCGUACUUGUGGCUCACGCGAUGUGCAAUCAGUUCUACAAAUGUAGCCAUGGUGAGCUUAUGGAAUUAGAAUGUCAAAGUGGUCUUCAAUAUAACCCUUCCAUGGGAUUGUGUGACUGGCCAAGCAACGUCGACUGUGGGGACAGACAACAAUGAAGCGGAAUAGGAACAUGGACUUUAAAAGCAACUUAUUUUUAAGCUUAUUUAUCGCAAACCCUUAAUUUUGUAAUUGAAAUUGUAUCAUUAUAAAAUGAAAUAAAAAAUUUCGACUCUAGUCAAAAUUAA